GGCCGCGGGCGGUGAGGGGCGGCCGCGCUGCCCGGCUCCCGCCUCCUCCCUCCCCUCAGCGGGACGGCUUCUCCUCCCUCCGCCUGUCUUCCCUCAGCCAGGCGGCGGCUGGAGCCGGGUGUGGGGUUGUGGGGUCGUUCCGUGCCGGGCUGCGCGGCGGAUCUGGGCUCUCCGAACCCGCCAGCUUCUUUCCCUGUUUGCAUGUGCAUUGGAGCAGUGGGUGUUGCAGUCCUUGCAGGAGUGACACCAACCUCCUGCAGUCAUGGCAGACGAGGACCUUAUUUUUCGUAUGGAAGGCAUUGAUAAUGCCAGAACCACUCCAGCAGACUCUGGGAAUUAUCUUGAUGCUGAUAGUGAUGAUGAAGACAAUUAUUUUAUCUGUCCAAUAACUGAUGAUCCAGUUUCUAACAAGUCUGCCAAUACCAAAGUAGACAAUUAUUACAGCAAUUUAGCAAAAACUGAGCAGUACAGUUCAAGCUCUUCUCCCAGAAGCUUUAGCUUUAAGAAUGACACACAACAUCGUUCUAAGCAUGGCUCUGUGGUUGACCAUGGUCGGGAAACCUGGAAACAUGCCAUUGAGAAAGCCAAGCAGAUGCCUGAUCCCUGGGCAGAAUUUCAUCUGGAGGACGUUGAGAUGGAACACGCCACUCGUUACAGGUACAAUGCAGUUACUGGGGACUGGGUUGAAGAUGAAGUCCUUAUCAAGAUGGCUUCUCAACCUUUCGGCCGUGGUGCAAUGCGAGAGUGUUUCAGAACAAAAAAGCUGUCCAACUUCUUACACACUCAGAACUGGAAAGGUGCCUAUAAUUAUGUUGCCAAGAAGUACAUAGAGAGUGUAAGCAGAGAUGUUUAUUUUGAGGAUGUUCGACUGCAGAUGGAAGCAAAACUCUGGGGAGAAGAGUACAACCGGCACAAGCCACCAAAACAGGUGGAUAUAGUGCAGACCUGUAUUAUUGAAAUGAAGAACAGGCCUGGAAAGCCUCUCUUUCAUCUGGAACAUUACAUUGAGGGCAAAUACAUCAAAUACAACUCAAAUUCUGGAUUUGUGCGAGACGACAACAUUCGUCUAACUCCUCAAGCCUUCAGUCACUUCACCUUUGAGCGUUCAGGACACCAGCUCAUUGUUGUUGAUAUCCAGGGAGUUGGAGAUCUUUACACAGAUCCUCAGAUCCAUACAGAGGGUGGUACAGAUUUUGGAGAUGGCAACCUAGGUGUUCGAGGAAUGGCCUUGUUCUUUCAUUCUCAUUUCUGCAACAACAUCUGCAAAAGCAUGGGGCUUGCACCAUUUGAUCUUUCAUCCAAAGAGAAAGAUGCCUUGAAUUACAAUAAAAAAUUGCUUGAAUCUGCUCAGACAAUUCUCCGUGGCACGGAGGAGAGAUGCGGCAGCAGCCGCGUGAGGACGGUGUCGGGGAGUCGGCCCCCGCUGCUCUCCCGCCUGUCUGAGAACUCGGGCGAUGAAAGCAUGAGUGAUGUGGCCUUUGACUCCCUGCCCUGCUCUCCAUCCUCUGCAACCCCUCACAGCCACAAGGUGGACGUGCUUAAUUGGCCUGUGUUUAGUGAAGUAGAUAACUUGGAUCAGCUUGACAACAAAAGGGACUUCGAAAAUGGUGGAGACAGUGGAUAUCCGAGUGAAAAAAGAAGUGAGACAGAAGAUCUGGAUCAUAGAGAGAGGGGCCAUUCAAACAGCAACCGGAGGCAGGAGUCUGAUGAAGACAGUUUGGGAAGCUCUGCAAGGAUCAGUGUGGAGAAAUGGAAUCUUUACAACUCUUCCAGAGUCCACAUCCACAGACCAUCCUGUGUUGCCCAAGAAAUUCAGAGGCUCAAUGCACUAGAACUUGAAAAGAAAAUUGGGAAGUCAAUCCUUGGAAAGGUUCACCUGGCCAUGGUUCGCUAUCAUGAAGCCGGGCGCUUCUGUGAGAAGGACGAGGAAUGGGAUCAGGAAUCAGCCCUGUUCCACCUGGAGCAGGCUGCAGACUGUGGGGAGCUGGAAGCCAUCGUGGGCUUGGGCCUCAUGUGCUCUCAGCUGCCACAUCACAUCCUUUCUGAGGUCACUCUUGAGGAUACAAAGGAGAACAGAAAUAAAGGAUUUAAUUAUUUGCUGAGAGCAGCAGAAGCUGGAGACCGGCCUUCCAUGAUUCUGGUAGCAAGAGCAUAUGAUACCGGUGUAAAUCUUGGUGCAGACAGAUCCCAGGAUUGGAAGGAGGCACUGCACUGGUACAAUGCUGCACUGAACAUGACAGACUAUGAUGAGGGAGGUGAAUAUGAUGGCACUCAGGAUGAGCCACGGUACCUGCUCCUGGCCAGGGAGGCAGAGAUGUUAAUGAUGGGAGGGUUCAACCUGGAGAAGGAUCCACAGAGAUCAGGUGAGCUUUACACAGAAGCAGCAGAAGCAGCCAUGGAGGCCAUGAAGGGCAGACUGGCAAAUCAGUACUACCAAAAAGCAGAAGAGGCUUGGGCAAUGAUGGAAGAAUGACACUGAAAUUAAACAGUUCUUGUAUAUAAAUAUUUUUAUACACUUGCUGCAUUUGCAGCUACAAAGAUGUACUUUUAUGUGAUGUUACCAGGUUGGUUGUUUUGUUCCAUAUUUUAGUUUUAUAAUUUUUUUUGAGGGUAGGAAUCUAAAUGCAAGUAGUAUGUGCAAUAUGCCAUAGCAUACUUCUGUUUGUGUUUUAAAGCUGUAAUACACACACAUACUUGGAUCUUUUGUACUUUUUUUACUGUUAGAACUGAAGGGCCUAGUUUUUUUGACAAAAGAAAAUGUGGCCUUAUUAUUUAGGCUUUACAUAUCCUGUUUUUUACACAGCAAAUGAUCAGUAUGUUUACAUUUUUCUUCUCUUCCCCACAUACAGAAAAACGUUUUCCUAAAUUCUCAGCAUUUCUUCAUCAUUUUUGGUGUAUCUCACCAAAUUUGCACAUGAACAUAAAUUUUCAGUUUAUGGAUGCAGCUACUGAUGUUAAUAGGUAGUCCCAUUCUAUUUUGCUGACAUCGUUGGACACUUAAAUGAAUUUCAGAUGGAAUCCUUAUUUUGGUGAGGGGUAGGGAAGAUGAUUCAGAUUGGCAAUGAGGAUAUUCAGGCUGGAAUGUUUUAUUCAUUACCAGCAUUGUAUAUUAUAGCAUUAGAAAAUCAUUCAUGUUCCUGAUAAGGUGAGGCAUCCGGGUACCUCUCUCACUUUCACAUUUUGCAUCAUAUAAGAGUUUAGUUGUAUAAAAUUCUACUGAUCUUACAUUUGUCCAAUGACAUAAAGCAGCAAGAUUUGGAAUAUAUGGUAAUUUAAAGUUAGUUUUACAGUGGCAUCUCAAAUCUCAGUGAAACUAGAUUAUCUCACUUAAAAUGAGACCACAUUUUCCACCAUUUCCAGAUGGAUGUUGAAGAGGUUAGGACAUUGUUGAUUCACGUAUUUCCAUGUACAGAAAACAAUUUCUAUGGUUUAAGUCUAUUUUAUAAUGGUAUUUUACCUGCAAAUGCCAUUUAGAGAAGAAUUGGUGAUUAGAAAGGAAAAACGGUAUUACCCCAGAACACUUAAAUUCAUAUCCUCUCUGCCUAAUCCUAACCUGGUGGUGGUUGAAUUAUGAUUGCAUAGAGAUAAGUUUCUUCAAAUCCAGUGUUUUAUUCCAAAGCUCCUGUGCCAUCUAUAUGGCUAGUAGUAUAGUAUCUGUUCCUAUUCCUUGGUUGUGGUUAAUAGUCAUUUUGCAGGAGAUUUAAGCUGGAAGCUUCUGUCUCCUUGGCCUUGCAGUCUCCUGAGGUGUAAGUUGAUGUGCACAAAGGACAGCUGUAAUGCUCUUAAAAGCAGGUGUAAAGCUAAGCAGGAUAAGAGAUGAUACAGGAUUGAUUAGGAUUUCUUGCAUGUAUAGCCAAGGAAUAUUAACUUCUUGUAAAAUGCAGAAACUGUUCAGGGAACAGAAAGCAGUUCUUCCUUUCCUGCCACUGGAAUCAAAUUGUGCUCCCAUUUUCUCUUUUUUAUGGCAAGUGGAUCUUGAAUUGCUGUUUAGACAGUAUCCAAGGGUGAUGUCAGUAACAGCUGCCACUGUCUGAAAGAGGUGAACUCCUGGUGGUUAAGGGAGGAAUUUAAUCCUUUCUGGGAGGGAAGGGCAAGUUACCCUUGGAUGUUGUGUUUCUGGCUGGUGCUGUAACCAGCUGUGAGCAGCCUUGCAACACAUGGCAACAUCUUUUUGCUGUAAAUUGCAGAGGUCGUGGGAAAGUAGUGCCCAUGGCCUUUUUCUUUUUUGUUUUGUUUUGAGAUGAGGGUGAAGCUCUUCACUUGUUAAUGAAGGAAUGUCUUAUUUCUUAAACUCAGUUGGUCUUAGGUAGUGAGGUACUAAAAUUACCAGAUUUUUGGACCUAAUAUUUUUUGUACCUAACAUGCUGAAAUUGAACCAGAGAAGUGCAAUUCAGAUGAAUGUUUUCAGUGCCUAUCCAAAGUUCUGCUUUAGAUGCCUAAAGCCUCUCUGGAAUGUGGCAUUUUUUGCUAUUUCAGUUCAUAACAUUAAGGUAUCAGCUGUCAAUGAAAGGUGGAGCCACUCACCUCUGAAGACAGUUAAAUAGUCUGUUUUGUGUAGAACCUAUCCAGUGUAGGGACUAUAGCAAAAUCAGACAAAAGGGUUUGUUUCCCUCAUAAGGUGUUGAUGCCAAAUCUUUGAGAUUUUCCUUGAGAAGGAAGCAUGUGUCACAACACCACUACCCAUUAUAGGGAGGAGAUGGAAAGUGCCUGUCCAAAAUGUGCAUGCAAAGGAUGUAGAGUGUAAUUAUUGACACUUUUUGGUGUAGUUUAAUUUGCUAAAUUCCGUAGUUGCUGACAGCUCUUUGUAGAUCUGGUAUGUAAAUGUGCACAAAACUCAGUGCAAAAAUUAUGAUGCUUAUUAAUUCUUAGUUUGCAAAUACUACUUUUUGGUGGUGAAGACUUCCUUGUGUCCUAAGGUGUAUCAGAUGAUUUGGCCAUUCAAUAAAUGGGACUGUCAAUAAUAUGAAAUGGAAAUUGUUUACAGAAAUAUUUGCAACUUAUUCUGUGACAUUCUUUUGAAGGGAAAAACUGUAUAUUUUAAAGACUUUUGCAAUGAUAUUGCUUUAUGCUAUAUUUUUAAUCUAUUCACAAUGAAUAAAUAAAAAUCUGUAUUUUUUAAAAAUGUGAAAAUAAAUCUGAGGCUCAGCCUGCUAGUACUUACCUGGGUUCAUUGUUUCCAGAUGUCAGUGGAAAUAUUGCUUGAUUAGGGAUAUUGAGAUGGAAGCCUUUGUUUAUAUGUCAGACAAGCAAAUACUGUUUGCCUGCAUCACUUAGUCCUUUCAUUCACUUUGUCUGGGUUCAUUCUGACUAGUCAAUAAAAUUGUUCUUUUUGUCACUUUUCUCAGUA